AUGAUUCAGCUUCUUCUGAUUCUGAUUUGCUUCAUUCGCGCUUCAACACCAACAUUCGAUGAGCCGCCGUAUCCGAUAAUGUUCAAACUAACCGAGCCGGAAUAUCGGAGUCUUCUAGAAGGGGCUCCCAGGCCAAUCAACAAGAUCAUCGGCGAUGAUUUUUGGUAUACACCUGUCAAGCUGGUGUCCGCACUUGGCCAAUUCAUUCCCGAACUCAUUCACACACUGAAAUUGGUAAGACAACGAGAAGCUCAAAAGGCUUGGAACGAAGAGAUCCGCAGAUCACAACGAGAGCAACAAGAAGCAGCUGAGGCGAAUCAGAGAUUCGCUUCGGAUCAGAAUGAAGAUCUGAGCUAUCGUGAGAUUAUUGAUCACCCACGGAGUCAAUUUAUUAGGCGAAACGACGACAUUUUCACCGGAAAACCACUAUCAGAAGCACCGUAUCAUGGCAGGUUUUUCGCGGAUGCGGCGAAUUAUGAAGCCAUGAGGUCAUCCAAUUUGGCGAAGGAGAAGCAGGGAAUCAUGGAUACUUUGAACGUCGCGACCGAUCCAAAAGUUCAAGAAUUCAUUGAGAAGUCGAAAGCGAAUUGCGAUAAAUACAAGAGGAUGGUUGAGGAGACGCGAUUGGAUUCGGAGAGGAUGAAUCGAGAAAUCGAGGAAAUCACGCGACGAGAACAAGAGCGACGGCGUGAGCUUAAUGAGAAUAGUCGUUGUCGAUUGGAAGCGCUCGAUGAGGAGAUGAAGAGGAAUCGAGAGGAGUACGCGAGACGAGAACGCGACGCCGAAGAAGCGCAUCGGGCGAGAAUGAGCGACAUCGACGAGGAGCGCCAACAAGCAUCGAUGAGAUUCGAGCGCGAGAGGGCUGAGAAUGCGAGAAGACUCGAGGCGAGUCUGAACGAGAUCCGACGGAUGAUAAUGAUCAGAAUGGAUUUGGAGCAGAAGAAGCGCAUCUGGAAGGACCAUAUUCAUCAAUUGAGGGAAAUUCUUGAACGUGUGCGGAACUCGACGAACAACAUUCGGAGGUUCGUCAGACCGCCGGAAGAAUGCUAUUCAGACAUCAUUGAGAAAUUAUUGCAAUCGGAAAUUGAGAAUUUGCUGAGAACGGUGGACGGUGCUCAUUAUGAGAUGCAAGAUGAGUAUGAGAAGCUUCGAACGCUUCGCGAUCAGAAUCCCGACAAUUCGAUGAUUCCGAAAUUAAUGAAUUCAAUUCGUGAAAUUGUCAGCAAUUGUGAGAGCCUGAAAAUCGUCAUCGUCAAGUUCAAGACCACUGAUAUGCAUAUCAAUUCGACGUUUGAUGAGAUGAUACGACUGAUUGAUGAGAUCUCGCCGAAUCGAAUUCCGAGCAUCGCGCAAUUGCAAGAAUCGCGAUGA